GCCCGCCUGAUAACCUCACGUCCGGUCGAGGCCUAAGGGGGCCCUGGGCGAUGGCGGACACGGAGGGAAAGGGCGCACUAGCCGACGGGGGGCAACAGGAGACCUCUGAGGCGUCAGACACGCCCCCCGAAGCUCUGGCAGUGGCCGAGGAGCCGCCGGCCGAAGAGCAACUACGGCGCAAAAUUGACAUUCUUCUGAAGGCAGUUGGGGACACCCCCAUCAUGAAACAGAAGAAGUGGACGGUGGAGAGAUCGCGGACCAUUCAAGCCCUUGGGCAGUUUGUGAAGAAGUUCCUCAAAUUGGAGCCUCUGGAACAGUUGUUCAUCUAUGUAAACCAGUCGUUCGCCCCGAGUCCUGAUCAGGAAGUGGGAACGCUCUAUGAGUGCUUCGGGAGUGAUGGCAAGUUGGUGCUGCACUACUGCAAGAACCAAGCAUGGGGUUGAAGGAGAGGGGGGGCACGAAUCUCCUACCCCCGACUCUCUUGUCCAGACUCGUCAGACCCCAUGAUGGAACCAGCUGCUCCUCCUCCUCCUUCGUUUUCCCUUCCCUUAUCCCCUAUUCCUGUAUUCUCUGCCCCCUCACUCUCCUCCCCACUAUUCCUUCUCUUCCCUCCUCUUCCCCCCUCCUUGCCUCAUCGGACAUCGCGAGGGCGGGGUUGCGAAGGAGGCAGGUUCCAUCAGUGGGGUUACCUGGAAGAUGGGGGGGGGGGAAUGGAGGGUGGGGAAGAGGGCGAGUAGUACUGUGCAGCCAGUGUGGAGGGUUGAUUGGGGGCAGUGGGGCAGCUUUCCAAGAGGAUGAUUUUGGAAUCAUGAGGGGGCAUGGCUGUCAACAGCUGCCUGAAUGUAAGUUCACUGAUGUACACACACUCACUCACACUCACACUCACACUCACACUCACACACACUCACACUCACUCACUCACACACUCACACUCACACACACAGACAAACACACACACACACACACACACAGACACAAACACAGACACACACACACACAUUCACUCACGCACACACACACACACACAGACAUACACACACAAACACAGACACAAACACACUCACACUCACACACACAUUCACACACACAUACAGACACACACACACACACACACACACCAGAUAGAGACACAUACACAGACAGUAGAUGGGAAGAUAUGUAUCUUUCUCCCCCCACCCCUGUCUGUGUGUGUCUCUGCCUCGUGUGUGUGUGUGUGUGUGUGUGUGUGUGUCUAUCUGUCGCUUUCUUCCCUCUCCAUCCCAUGAGGUUGACCUUGAGCUUAUGAAGCUGCCCAUCUGUAGACUUACGUAACUUUGAACGUUGUAAAUCUCUCUGCAAUAAAGUGAUGUGGGAUCCUGA